GUUACUGAUUUCAAGAAAUAUUUUUACAGCAUCGGUGUACAAAAUAUCGCACAGUGAACUAAUGAAAGUAAAACUAAGUCCAUCGUGAAAACCAAGAUGCUUAUGGCUAUCAUAUUUCUUUACCUGGCAUUGUCGUCCAACCUGUUCUACGUGGGAUUAAUAGACUGUAAACAAAUGGGAUUGCAUAAAGUGAUAUAUGUGUCCAAAGCUCGAGGGCAAGCAAACAGUGAUUCGUGCGGUAGCGAGUCAAUGCCAUGUAAAUCUCUACAAGUCGGUGUCGACAAGCUUGCAUGGGGUGGUAGGCUGUUCGUUGAUGGUGAACACACUGCAGUAGACCCCUACAAGUGUGAAUCAUCUGCAGAAAAACUUGUGUCUACCAAGAGUAUUUUCAUUCAGAGCUACACAACGACCGCUCACAUUUCAUGCAUCAAAGGAUUCUUUGUGACUGCAGAUGGCCCAAAUGCUGACAAAAACGUCACCAUAACUGGAGUACAACUCAGCAACACUUUACUCUUUUUAAAAGACAUAUCUGCUGUGAUUAGAGAUUGUAUAUUUACAGCCUCGGCGCCUGCAAUUACAGUAAACAUUUUGAACGGCGCUUCCUCAUCAUAUUCUUUGGAUAUUCAAAAUGCUGUAUUCACGGAAAAUCUUGGCUGCAUCCAAGUCGGUGUCAAGAAAGGAAGAACCUGCAACAGCAUCAUCAUGAAUCUACGAGACACAAUAUUUCAAAAUAACACAACGCCGGUAAAAUCAGGUAUGGAUGCAAGUGGCUUGAUAUCUGUAAACUGCAGCUUCGCAAGAGAAAUGCUAUUUUUCUCAUCGUGGAAAAAUGUCAAAAUACUGAAAAAUCGCAACAACAAGGAAAUCAGAAAAAACGAUCGCGAUUUUAAGAAUAAAGAGCUUUCUGGAAAUGGCACAAGUAAUGUUUUUGUUGUUGAUGGAUGUGAUGGAAAUCUUACUUUUUCUGAAGUGGCAAGUAUGAACAACCAAAACUCAUUGAGAUUUUUGGAAGCAAAAAGUGAUAGUAUUUCUAUAAGCAUACAAAAUUCAAGUUACCAUGAACACCACAUAAAUGAACCAGGGGGAGUAAUGCGCGUGAAAAAAAACAGCUGCACAAAAGGAGAUGUAAUUGUCUCUAUUACUGAUUCGAUUUUCCACAAUAAUUCUGGUUCAUUGGGAGGUAUACUUCAGGUGGACGGUAAAAAGGAACAGAGUGUUAAAUUAAACAUGAACAAUGUCACAUUAUUGCAAUGUUAUGGAAGCGUCAAUGGAUGCGCUGUGUCAGUCGGAACUGUGAAGAGGAUUUUUGCACUAUUUGAUGGGCUGGAAGUAGAAGAAUGCCACGAUCCUUCGCAGUUGUGCAUGAAACAAAGAUGCAAACGAUUCCCAGCAUUUUGUCUUCAAGCAAGUGAAACUGCAAAAAUUACAAUUAAAAACUCUCGCUUCACGCGCAAUAAAGACCAAGCCUUGCUCAUUCAACACACAAGUGGUGGGCAAUAUAAUGAAAAUAUAUUGGAUGUCCAAAUAAGCAACAGUAGUUUUAUCAAGAAUUCCUUUUCUGCUGGCACCAAGCCUACCGUAGAAUUAUGUGUGUCGUUGCCAGAUGAAAUGCAAAAAUCAAUUCUUAACAUUUCAAAGUCUUUGUUUCUGAGAAAUACGGGAGUGACAAUCAUGACUCACAAGCUGGUAGAAGUGUAUGUGCGAAAUUCUACUUGUGAAGCUACAAUGGGUGUCUGCCUGUUUAUCCAGUGUUCAACGAAGAUAAUGAUGAACUCAACACUUUAUAUUGAAAAUUGCAGAUUCAAUGAAAAUAAAUAUAACGUGCAUUUCAAAAACGCCAAACCUUCGUUUAUAGAGAUUUCUAUAAAGAACACCACUUUUCACAAAAACCAUUAUCAAACCUAUGGUAUUGUAAUACAAGUCGGACGAAGCGGUAUGAAGAAUACCUUGGAAUCGGGCAGAUUAUUAAUGGACCAUGUAUAUUUCACGUCUAAUUACGUUUCACGGGCUCAUGGAAAUAUCUUGGGAGUUGUCAGUACUCCGAGCAAACGCAAUUUCACGAUAGUUGUCCGCAAUUCAGUAUUCAAAAACAACCGCCACAUUUUCAGACAAAAUAACACAGCUUUUAUAAACCUGUUUUAUUUUUACAUCCCUCCAGCGUUACCCGACAUUGAAGAUAUCAACAUGAAAGCUAGUCCAUCUCCAAACGAAAGCUGCCCAAAAUAUCAUUACCGUAGCACAAUCAUCUUCGAUAACGUUACAUUCUUAAACAAUACCGCCGUUACUUCGACCCUCUUUGUGAACAGUGGAAUUGUUUCUUUUCACAAUUGUUUGUUUGAGGAAAAUUUUUCUUCCCAACCAGAAAUCGGAGGUCAUGUGUACGUGGAGAAAGGAGCAACUACGGCAAGAUUCUAUCACACUAGAUUCAUUCAAACAAAGAAAAAUCCGCGCAGACUAAAAUCUUUAGUGCCCUUGUCGCCUCUACUCUUCGUUGGAGCACAAGGACCUUUGAUAAUGAAAAACACGAGUUUCAAGUUUGAUCUUUAUACACCAGUUACAGUUCCUAUGUUUGACCUCUUACGAGGACAUGAUGUUGACAUGGAUAAUGAAACGACUUUUGUAUGUCCAGUUGGCAGCUAUCUCAAAUUGUUCAAUGCCACAUUUGUACUCCGUCCUGAUUUAAAUGAAGCUAAUUGCAAGUUGACCAUUAUACAACUGAGAUUUAGCUGCCAAAGGUGCCCUUUUAAUAAAUAUACGCUCAUGAGUGGAUCAUAUCGAGGAAAGCAAAAGAAAAACGAUGUCAAAUGCCUCGACUGUCCCUUUGGUGCCCAGUGUACAACUAGUAACAUCCAAAGUCGGCCAAAUUUCUGGGGCUACAAGACACAGGAAAAUCCCCCGCAACUCAAGUUUGAGAAAUGUCCAGAAGGAUACUGCGAACAGCCUGAACGCAGUUAUAAUCUUUCAACUUACAAUAAGUGUGCUGGCCAUCGAGGAGGGACGAUGUGUGGAGCAUGUAAGACAGGAUACACUGAAAACAUGUUCAAUCAUAAGUGUUGCCCCGUUCAUAAGUGUAGAGAUUAUUGGUUUUGGGUUGUAGCUGCUGUGCAUUCCGUAAUCAUAGCAAUCUUUGUUCUGUGUCAGCCAUCAUUGAUCUUAUUCCUUACUAAGAAGGCUCUAUGGUUCAGGGAAAAGAAGCAUACCAUUCCAAACACCAGGGUGGACCACAUGGAAAAAACAAGCAAUCACGAUGGACAUGCUUACUUCAAGAUUAUCUUCUAUUUCUACCAGGUUGCUGAACUGCUUAUGCUUGAAUCUUAUUCGGAGAUUGUACCUAAAUUGUCAUUGUUAUCCUCAAUCACCUCAUUCUUUAACUUUGAAGUUGUCGUUAGUAAUUCGUCGUUUGGGUGCCCGUUUCCAGGGUUAACUGCCGUCACCAAGGAGCUUUUCCGUUGCUCACAAGUCUUUGCUGUCAUGGUAAUUGUUGUCUUGCUUUACUUUCUCCAUUGGUUAUUCUCCUUGAUCUGGAAGAGUCCCAGUCCACACUUUGCUCAUUACCUUGCUGCCAUCGUUGAGGUUCUGAUUUUAGGCUAUGAACGAUUGGGGCACACGUCGUUCAAGCUUCUGAACUGCGUUCCACUUGAUAUGCUUGGGAAAAUCGAAUGGCGGCUGGUGAUUGAUGGUAACAUUACGUGCUGGGUCCAUUGGUGGCAGUACGUCAUAAUCGCUUACAACAUCGUGUUUGUACUUCCAUUCCUUCUGGUUUUAUUUGUGGGAACUUCAAAGUUAAAACGGCAUCAGAUAAGCGCAUUGCAAUUUGUUGCAGCUUGUUUUGUGCCCCUGCCUUUCUUGAUGUACUGGUUGUUGAGGCGCUGUUUGAGAUGUGACAAAGACGUGUUAGAAGAUCCCAACCAUUUGGAUCAAGAACGACAGAAUGACCUACUGGAGGUCCUACAAGGACCAUUUCGUCCACCGGACAACCAAUCAAAAGGCGCUUUAUAUUGGGAAAGCAUUUUGAUUGGUCGUCGCUUGGUGCUGUUGUGUUUAUUCUCGUUCAUAGCAAUGCUGUUACCACGACUUCUGUGUAUGACACUACUCUGCAUGCUAAUACUCAUCCACAACGUCAUCGUCAUGCCUUACAAGGACCGAAAAGCAAACAUCUUCGCUAUUGUCUUACUCUCUAUACAUGUCGUAAUGGCAACGAUCAAUUUGGGUGAGUCCGUAUUGAUCACUGCUGGGGUGACAUUCCAAAGCCCCUUACAAACCCAAAUCGAUGGUUUCAAGAUACUCGAGAUAGUCCUACUGAGCGCCCUUCCUUGUGCCUUUGCCUUGCUGGUGGUUGCCGUUGUUCUGUCCCAAACAGUACGAUUAUUAUUAAUAGUCAGUCGCUAUUGCUUGAAGGAUUCAGACAUUACCAGUCGACACGCAAGCUAUCAGCCAUUGUUAAACUCGAGUGAAGAAACUCGUACCCACUCGUACUAAGAAGAAACUAUGUAAAUACCCAAUAGAUGUAGAUUAUAAAGUUCAAGAACCCUAGAUUAUACAUAUGGUAGAAAAUGUCUUCUAGGUGUGUUUGUAUGAUAGAAUGGUCUUCAUAGACGGUGACCGGUGAUCUUUUCAUUUUUGACCAAAUUAUUCUUUGGUGAGAAUAACAAAAGUACAGUUUGUCCAUUCUCACCAUGCCAGCAACUAAAUUGCCAUCACUUUAGCCUGCAAUGCCUUUGCAAAGCUACUAGGGUACAAUCAUUCUCUAUACAAUCAUAAUAUUCAUAGAUUCUAUUUUAAACCCAUCAGCGAGGUAUUCUGGGUAAUCACCAAAUAAGGCAUGAAGGGGAAAAUUUUCCUUGCAUAUCCAAAGUCUUUGUAACCAUAUCAUGCAAUGUGGCUUCAGCACAGUGUUAUAUUAUAAGCAUAUAAUUAUAUUAUACCAAGAAAAGAUUUUCCCAGAAUAACUUUUUGUUAUUUCAUUUCGAACGAUACAAUAAUGUAGUGUGGUAUAUUGAAAUAUUUAUAGUGCGUAUUACACUGGAAAAAUCAAUUAAUUUCCAUAAUAUGGAAAUACUAUGGAAAUAAUCUGUAAAAUGGAAUUUACAUACUAUGUACAUCGAUCUUCCAAACUAUGUACAUACUAUGAAAAUGAUUUACAAACUAUUUUACCUUGUAAAUACUUUGUAAAAAUAUUGAAUACAA